GGCAGGUACCACACUGCGACUCCAAGCUUCUCCUCAACGACGCCACAGUUUUUUCUCUCUUCUUGCCCAACAUCGUAGCUGGACUACUACUACUCUACCACUGCCUCUUCUCCUUCCUGCCUCUUUAGCAACUACGAACCUCCUAGCGAGACUUUGGCUGGCGGCACGAUGAUGUCUCUGAUUGACGGUACAGCUUUCCAACGCGCCCUCACGGUGGCUGUGUUGUUCAUUGUCAUCUUCUCUGCUUACGCCUCGGCCGCGCCGAGCCCAGCGAUCACGGCGUCGACGCUCAUGUCGAGAAUGGAGCCUGAGAAGCGUGCCGAGCUCAUGGCGCGGGCAUGUGACGCAAACAACAAUCUGACGACGGCGCUCAACAAUCUUCUGACCAACAUCAUCCCACAGCUUGGACCGACGCUGGAUGGGCUCAAUGGGUCAGCCAACUCGCUCGGACAAGCCAUUCCGAUCCUGGGAGAGCUUAUCAGCUUCCUCAAUAUGGCUUGCCUCGGGACAGGCAUCUAGGAGAAGAGGAUGUGAC